AUGGAGCCGUUGGCUGAGCUGACGCCCGAACAUCAUGACAGCGCAUUAGUGGCGGCGGCGGCGGUGGGGGUGGGGGUGGGGGUGGCAACAGUGGCUGUGGUGCCGCCGCGCCAGCCUCAACGAUCAAUGCGGGCACUUGAUGGGCUUGCGCUUUCCGCCAGCCAUGGCUACCGCGCAUUGGAUGAUGACUGCGACGGCGAACGGGCCGCCAUUCAGGGCUACUCCAGUCUACGACAUGUCGUACAGUUCAACACCGACGCUGACACCGCACCUUUCAACGCUGCUUUCACCGCCAAGGCUCCCAAUGCCUCCGCUGCCCCCGCCGCCCCCCCCGCCGCCGCCGCCGCCGGGGAGCCGCCUGCCUCCGUAACGGCCGAUGUUCCCUCUUCUAGGGAAGCGCCACCACCACCACCGCCACCGCCACUACCACCACCACCACCUGCCAGCCAAGUCGCAGGAGAGGAUAUCGGCAACCUCACGGACCGGAUCCGGCGGCGCUCCCGCCAACUUCAUUGCAGUGCCGUACAUAUCACGCCGUAUAAGUGUCAUACCGACGUCACUGCCACCGCCACCAUCACCAUCCACGGCGACCAGUCGCGGCAGGCGCCCGUCAUCCCUUCUCCGGGAACUUCCCUGGACUUCGGCAACCAAGAACCGCUGCCGCCACCACCGCCGCCGCCGCCACCACCGCCGCCGCCGCCGCCAUCGGGCCCCGGGGGCAGUGGCGGGCUCCCUGGAGGGCGAACCUGUCCAACCACCCAGGUUAACCAACAUUCAGUACUGGACCUCGGUUACAACCACCAGAGCAACCACAACCAAUAUAACCGCUACGACCAAUCACAGCUGCAUCUACACCAGCCGCCAAACGAUGUGGUUUCGUACGGCGCCAACGGCCUUACAGACGGCGACUGCACACCCGGCACUGACUGCGCCACUACGCCCGCUACACGCGGGCAUGCGGCUGUGGAAAGGUUGGAAUCUGCGGGCUCUGCCGUGACAUUUGGGGCCGGCAUUGACGAAGCUGGCAAAGCAGCUGCGAGAAGGAGACCCAUUAGUGAUGGUGGUGGUGGUGGUGGUGGAGGUGGUUAUGGCGGUGGAGGUAAUGAUGGUUGUGGCGGUCGAAGAGGCAGGAGCGUGCAAGCCUCUAGCCCCAGCACUGGUGUCGUACUCGACUCUCACCUACGGCAGCCGUACACUGUCCAGUACCAUCAUCUCCAUCAGAGUCACCUCCUCCCCCCCGGGAACGACCGCGGGACUGCUCCGUGGGGCCCCCCCGGGUACGGGCCCCCCGCGGCUGCCCAGCCCGGACAGCCGGCCAACGGCGCGGGUGCCACCGCAGCCGGCGGAACGUCCACACAACUGCCGCCACAGGAGCUGAUGAACCGCCAGCAUGUGACAGCGCCGCAACUACCUCAACCGCCACUGUCAAGAGAAACGUACGGCACGGCGUACCAUCCCCGCUCCUUUGGGAAUCCUUUCCGUGCUCGAGGCUCGUCUGGUCCUGUAGCGGUCGCGGUGGUUGCAGAUGACGAGUUGACAGACCACGGGCCACAGGGCCACACAACGACUGGAAGCGGGUCCUUGCUUGGUGAACGGGAGAAUCUAUACGGCAACAUAAACAUGGUGCCUUUACAGGCUGCUGGCCAAACAAAGUACAGUGAUGCAGUACACAGCGGUGCUGACACCGCCGGUCGCUUUGGCAUGUACGACAGCGUGCAUGGACAGGGACUUGGCUUUCCUCAGCCCGCCGUGGAGAGCCAACAGCAGCCCAGCACCCCUGCCGCCGCCGCCUCCCGGUAUGCCGACCUGGCGGAUCCAAUUGAAGGGCACAGUGCUGGAGGGCUGCGGGCGGAGCGCCGGGCGCUGUCGUCGCUCGACUGGCGGGGACCCUUAUCGGCGGCUCUCCAAGACAGCGGCGGAGGCUUUCCGGGCGGCGACCAGGGCGGUGUAAUGUACGGCAACAGCAUGGAUGUGUACGGCUUGACGCCAGCACAGCCCAACGAGGAUACCGAUGAUGUCCUGUUGACGUACCUGCACCAUGGUGGAUCUACCGGCGCCGCAGCUGCGGCCGCCUUUGGUGAAGCCCGCCUGUUGUACCCGCCGACUGCCCCCGACAACCCUUCAGCCACCGCUGCAGACUCAGCACCCAUGCGGAGCGCCUCCGCACCCGCCACCGUGAGCUCCUCCCAGAAUCUUACCUUUGCCUUCGGCAUGGGCGACGGUAAUCGCCGUACUGCAGCGUGGGUAGGGGAGGAGGUGCAAGGCCAAGCAGCUGCUGCCCUAGCUGCCGGGGGCAAUGUUCAGCCGACCCACGACUUCGGCGGAGCUGGACCUGUGAUUGAGGCUGCAGGGAGGAUCAGCACAAAGGGCCAAGGCAAACCGCGUCGUGGUGCAGCGGUGGCGGAGGUGGUUGCAACACCGUUGCCAGCAGCGCCACAUGCGCCGCCGCUGCCCGCAAUACUACUCGGGCCGCAAGGGGCAGCGGGGGCGGGGGCGGCAGGGACGAGCUCACGCGCACCGAAGCGCAGCGCCGCUAUGGCGGCCCUAGCAAGGUUUCACAGCUCGCGGCAGGGUCGCUCGUCCAGCGGCGACAGCCGCUCGGUGGCGGCGGCGGCGGAGGACAGCCACGGUGGCGGUGAUGCUGACGGCCAACAGGAAGGGGGCGGGGAGGAGGGGAACGGCAAGCGGCGGUCAUCCCGGUUUCGGGGGGUAACGAAGCACCGCCGCAGCGGCAGGUGGGAGGCGCACAUCUGGGUGAAGGAGAUCGGCCGUCAGGUUUACCUGGGCGGCUACGAGGAGGAGGUGCACGCGGCGGAGGCGUACGACGUGGCGGUGCUGAAGUGCAAGGGAACCAAAGGAGUGCGCACGAACUUCCCGAUCAGCCAGUACCAGGGCCUGCUUCCGUCCCUGAAGGACAUCGAACUGGAGGACCUCAUCAUGGCCGUUCGGCGCCAAAGUCAGGGCUUCAGCCGCGGCAGCUCCACGUACAGGGGCGUCACGGCGCAUCUGUCGGGGCGCUGGGAGGCGCGUAUCGGCAUCCCUGGAAGCAAGCACAUCUACCUGGGGCUGUUCGAGAGCGAACGUGACGCCGCGGCCUCGUACGACAGGUCGCUGGUGCGGUUGCGUGGCUCUUCCGCUGCGACGAACUUCCCCCUCUCCGAGUACCGCCGAGAGCUUGCGGAGUACCACAGCUACCAGCAGGCACAGGCUUCAGCAGGUAGUAGUGUGUCCUUGUUAUUUCUUGCUCAUCUCCAGGCCGUCUUGCUCCAGGACCAGCGGAUGGCCUCCCUCAUGAAGCCCGGCCCCGACUACGAGAAGUGGGUCAAGGCCGGGUUCAGUGCCUUCCCCCACAUCCAGAUGGAGCAGGCGGCUGCAGCCGGGGAGGAAGCCGCCGCGCGAGACCUGGAGCUCAAGCGCUCUUGA